AUGCUAUCUAGGUCUCUGCGAUUUUCUUGUAAAAGUGAAACCCGCCGUCCUCUAGCUUUAAUACAGAAAACGAUAGAAUUUGUUCGACGACACGCCUUCCCUUGCUACCUGUAUUCCAUCAUGACAGUCGGGCUUGAUAACGCCGAGUUUAAGGACGCUGCGGAAAAGGUUAAAACCCUCUCCAGAAAGCCCGACAACAAUAGCCUGCUCAGGCUCUACGGUCUCUUUAAGCAGGCCACGGUUGGUGAUAAUGAGACUGAUGCGCCGGGAAUGAUGGAUUUCACAGGUAAGGCUAAGUGGGGUGCCUGGAACGAGAUGAAGGGUGUCUCGAGGGAAGAUGCUACCGAGCAAUACAUUGCACUGGCGAACGACCUGAUUGCUAAGGAUUGA